CAGCAGCUUUGGGUUGAUUUGCAAACAACUGAACUAUGGAAUUCAUCGUUUAAGGACUUGACUCAUUUGGAGAGUCUCAAAACAAAAUGGAACCCAACUUUCGCAAAAAUUAAUAAUAUAGUGAUAAAGAAAGCUUCCGACGGAGAUUUGGAGACUGCCAACUCUUUGCUCAGAAGUUCAUACAAUUUCUAUCGGGAGAGCUCCUGUGUAAUGCUCCCAUCUGUGGUCAACCUUUCUUUGGUGUCUUCUCGACUAUUAAAAGAAAAGCAGUUCCCGUCAGGCAUCGAAGGGGUUGAACCUCUUGAACUAAGCAUUCCAAGGAAGCUUUUGUUGUGGGCUUAUAAGUUGUUGAACGGCCGCUAUGCUGGCAUCUCCGCUGUUGUAAAAAACUGUGAAGAAAAUGCUAAGUUGAAGAUGAAAAGGGGUGCUGCAACGUCAUCAGCACCGCAAACUACGAACACUAACAUUGCAAUGUCCAGCCAUUCAGCUGCUGCUAGCUGCAAAGAAGCAGCAAAUCACGGCGGAGGCAGUGAAGCCGAGGUUGCUGUGGUGACAUCAGGGCCACGCGUUGUAGUAUCCAAAAUUUCUCCACAGUUUCAUAUGUUUGCCAUUUGGGGACUCAGAUUACGAGUUCGAACGCCAAUGAUUGUAAGAGUGAUUGAGAGUUUAUUGUCAAAUGGUUAA